UCUCAUUACUCUCUCUCCAAAAAAAGCAAAGCAAAAAAAAAAAAAAAAGGCUUUCAAAUAGUUCUUUUUUUCUUGGUAGCAUCAAUGGGGAUGAUAUAUUUAUACAAAUAAAAUUAUUUUUGUUGUUCAAUAAAAUCUCCUUCUUCUUUUAUUGUAUCUAUAGCCUUUGAUAAUUGAUCUCUUUAGAUCCUUAAAAUCAUAUCUCGAAUGCUUUCCACAACUUAAGCUAUAUAUAUAAAUAUACCCUUUUUUUCCCCUUAGAUCUGUUUCAAGCUUUCCCUUUGCUUUGCUUACGAGAGUUUGAGCUUCAACUUGUAUUUUUCUUAUUGCAUGUGCGUUGGUCCGGAGCAUUCAAAAUCUGGAGAUAUGAAUCACUUAAAUGUGAAAACUGAGGACUCUUUUUCUAGCUUACAUGAGCUUGCUUCUAAUAAUGAUGUCGAGGGAAUUAAGCAAUCUAUAGAGAAGGACGUUUCUUCGAUCGAUGAGGUUGGACUUUGGUAUUGUCGUGAAAAAGGCUCAAACCGAAUAGUUGCAAAGCAUAGAACUCCAUUAAUGGUUGCUGCUACCUAUGGCAGUGUUGAUGUUGUUAAGCUUAUAUUGACUCACUCAGAGGCUGUCAACCUAUCGUGUGGUACAGACAAAAGUACUGCCCUUCAUUGUGCUGCCUCUGGCGGAUCUCUUCAUGCUAUGGAUGUUGUUAAUCUACUUUUAUCAGCUGGUGCUGAUACAAAUUCUUCUGAUGCCAAUGGCUGUCGACCUGCUGAUGUUGUUGUAGUACAUCCAAAGCUCCAAAGCAUGAGAGCUGUUAUGGAAGAACUUCUUUCGGGACAUGUUUCUGAUGACCCUUUUGGGAAGCAGAAUUUACGGAUAUCCAUUGAUAACUCUACUUCUGGCUUGCCACCCCUUUCUUCGUCACCGGAGAAUCGAUCAUCACCCUCUCCUUCACACCUAGCAUCUUCACCAAUGGCUUCGAAGUUUGUUGAUAUACCUGUUAACUCUACAACAGAGAGGAAAGAGUACCCUGUUGAUCCAUCUCUCCCUGAUAUCAAGAACAGUGUUUAUGCAGCUGAUGAGUUCCGCAUGUUUUCAUUCAAGAUCCGUCCUUGUUCGAGAGCAUACUCUCAUGAUUGGACGGAGUGUCCAUUUGUUCAUCCAGGAGAGAAUGCACGGAGAAGGGACCCGCGCAAGUACCACUACAGCUGUGUGCCAUGCCCUGAUUUCAGAAAAGGGGCUUGUAGACGAGGGGAUAUGUGUGAAUAUGCUCAUGGAGUUUUUGAAUGUUGGCUACAUCCAGCACAAUACCGCACUCGGAUGUGCAAGGAUGGCACAAGUUGUGAUAGGCGGGUAUGCUUUUUCGCCCACACUGCUGAGGAACUCCGCCCACUGUAUGUCUCGACUGGCUCAGCCGUUCCCUCUCCACGCUCAUCUGCAUCUGCUGCUAGUGUCAUGGACAUGGCUGCUGUUAUGGGCCUUUUACCUGGUUCACCCUCAUCAGUAUCUGCCUUAUCCCCUUCACCAUUCAAUCAGCCUAUGUCUCCAUCUGCUAAUGGCCUUUCACACUCAUCUGCAGCGUGGCCCCAACCAAAUGUUCCAACACUUCAUCUCCCUGGAAGCAACUUUCAAUCAAGUCGCUUGAGAUCCUCCCUUAGUGCCCGAGAUAUCCCAUGUGAGGGCUUCGACAUGUGGCCUGAUUUUGAUGCUCAUGAACAGAUUCUAAAUGAUUUAACCUGUGUUUCCCAGUCUCAUAACAGUCCAGUGUCUGUGAGUCGCUCUUGUCGAUCCAAAACAUUAACUCCUUCAAACCUUGAAGAGCUAUUUUCUGCGGAGAUCUCUUCAUCUCCUAGAUAUACUGAUCAGUCAGCUGCCUCUACAAUAUUUUCCCCUACCCAUAAAUCAGCUGUCCUUAAUCAGUUUCAACAGCAACAGAGCAAGUUAUCUCCAAUCAAUACAAGUGUUUUUGCACCAAGAAAUGUUGAACACCCACUGUUGCAGGCUUCAUUCGGUGUCAGGUCUCCUGGAAGAAUGUCACCUAGAAGUACUGAGCCAAUCUCCCCCAUGGCUGCUCGCUUGUCCGCACAUGUUCAGCUUGAGAAGCAACGACAGCAGCAGCUAAGCUGCCUUAGCUCUAGGGAACUUGGAUCUCCUGUGAAUUCUCCUUGGUCCAAGUGGGGUUCGCCUAAUGGAAAGUUGAACUGGUCAGUUAGUGCAGACGAACUGGGUCAAUUACGAAAAUCAUCAUACGAGCUUCGUAACAGUAGCGAGGGGCCCGACUUAUCUUGGGGCCAGUCUCUUGUAAAGGAAUCCCCACCUGAGAUGAUGAAAGAGAAGCUGGUAGCUCCUGCUCCACAUGGUGCAUCAUCCGGUGACAUUUCCAAUGAUUCCAAUUCCCAGAUCAAUUCUGUGGAUCAUUCCGUUUUAGGAGCUUGGAUCGAGCAAAUGCAGCUUGAUCAGCUUGUUGUGUAGAGAAACAGAUUUCUGAAGGUACAUAUUUUGUUGGUCUUUCGAGAAAGAUAACAACAGGAAGUUGACUCGUGGUGACAGCAGAUAAAACUAAUCGUGGCAGAAAGAUUAGAAUGGGAAUUUUAUUCUAUAAAUUCUUUUUAAUCAUUUUAUUGUAUCAGCUGCAGCAGAGUUCCAGCAGAAAAGAUGUAGGAAAGCCUCUACUCGGGCUAAUAUUAAGCACUCAAGCGCUUCUGCGGUUUAAGGUUUUGUACCAUUUUGUUGUCUUCGUAUUACUUUCAAUAUUUUCCUUAGAUCAGUGAAAAGAAAAACUGAUGAUGCAUUUUACGAGAUCAUGUUAAGCUAAUGUGUUUCCUUCUGAAUGAUGUAAACCCUGGUUUUUAAGUUAUUAUUUCAAUAUCUUUAUUUUUUUGUCC